AUGUUCAACCCUACUACUACUAUGAUGUCGUCUUCAGCAGGCUUGUCUCCUUCUUCGCCAAAUGGAAAUGAAAACUUCAACAAACGAUCAUCAUCAUCACCUUCAGAAACGGUACUCGAUAUGACCGGUACUAUUACACCUACAAUGUCAAAACGUCGAUCAUCCUCAUUGACACGAGAGGAUAUCCUCAGCAUGGCCCGUGUUGAAUAUGCAAGGCGUUUAUCACAAUUUACAUUAUCGCAAAUGAGAAAACAACAACAGCAGCAGGUAUUGGAUGGUGGUAGUAGUGGUAGUGAUCCAAUCAUCACCAGCCGUGAUAGCAGCGGCAGCAGCGGCAGCAGUGGCGAUGAUAGUAGUAGACACGUCGAACAAUGA